UCCAUCAGGCAGUGCAACACCAACAAUCAUACAACCAACACCUGUUACUACCGCUACAACAAGGCACCAACAACAUCUUCCUCUACAGGCCACUCCCCAGGAUUUUGGACUAGACUUGGAACCAUCCUACUUCUUCCAAUGGAUACUUGAGUCGAAAAUAAAUAUCCCUUGUGCCUUGAACGACUCUCCCUUUUGGAUAUCACCGCUACCACCAGGCCGUUUGGAUUUGGAUCUUGCCAUUAAGGACUCUCCCAUCAGUCGGACUAUCCACUACAACUCAAUUCUUACGUUGCUGGAAGGCUGCAUAUCCCUGUGCAUCCUUUCCAGUCUCUCCCCUCUAUAUCACAUCUGCCCUUAAUGCUCUCCCCAAAUCCCUUCGGCAUGUAUCCCGCCAUGCUUCCAACUCCUCCGCCUUCUCCUCCCACCACCCGUGUUUAUGCUCCGGAAGACCGCCUGGGAUAUCUUCUAGCCAACCGGCUGGAACUGACAAGCAUUCUUGGAGUUGGUGCGUACGGCGUGGUCUACACCGCCAUCGACAUCCACACCAAUGUGGUGUAUGCCGUCAAAGCACUGAACAAGGUCGGACUUGAUGCCCGGCAGCUCAAGUUCCAGCAGCGCGAAAUCAAGCUCCACCAUUUGGCUAGCCAACAUCCCAAUGUGGUUUCCCUGGUUCGUAUAAUGGAUUCCGUCGACUGUACCUAUGUGGUCAUCGAAUUCUGCCCCGAGGGUGAUCUGUUCUCUAGCAUCACCGAAAAGGGCAACUUUGUGGGCAACGAUCCCUUGGUCAAACGCGUCUUCCUCCAGAUCCUGGAUGCCGUCCAGUAUUGCCACUCCUUAGGAAUUUACCACCGGGACCUCAAGCCGGAGAACAUCCUGGUGACCGAUCAGGGCCUGACGGUCAAACUGGCCGACUUUGGCCUUGCUACCACGGAUUAUUUCACUUCGGACUUCGGUUGCGGUUCCACAUUCUACAUGUCUCCAGAAUGCCAGCAACCGAAUCCCCGACCAUUGUCUUGCUAUGCAUCGGCCCCCAAUGAUGUGUGGAGCCUGGGGGUGAUUCUGGUUAACCUCACUUGCGGGCGCAAUCCAUGGAAACGUGCCUCGAUCGAGGACUCGACAUUUCGGGCCUAUCUCAAGGAUCCUUACUUCCUCAAGUCCAUUCUGCCCUUGUCAGAUGACCUGGUUUGCAUCUUGAGCCGCAUUUUCGAGUGCGACCCCUCUAAGAGAAUUACCAUCCCGGAGCUUCGCCAGUUGAUCCUGGAUUGCCCUCAAUUCACUCUCAACCCUGUGACCCCCUGGGUUGCUCCUCAUGGACCCUUGCCUUACGACGUCAUCAGUGGGCCACAGGUCCCUGUGUCUGUCCCUGUGCAUACUUUCAACACGCAGCCAUCGACGUCCUCUUCAGACUCGUCUCACUACUCGAAUUACUCCGAGUCUGCCGCAUCCGAUAGCUCUUGCUACACGGAAGUUUUUACCGAUAUGGACAGCGUUCCAUCGAUGUCUUCCGUGGAGUAUGAGCCGGAGACGGAUUGUCAGGGCGACCUUUCUAUGGACUCCCUGCCAUGCAAGGACAUCUCGGAGGCCAUUGUUAUCCACCAGCCGAACCCUCAGGCACUAUGCGUCUACUAGGGUACCACGGCGGAAGGAAGUGAACAAAACCAAAUUAAUGCAAACUUAACGAUUUACGCCAUCUAUUCAACAUCAGGAACUGGAUUCCCACAACAUUUAUACGGCCCCAGUUUUUAUUCAGCUUCUUUUUCCAUCAUUCCCGUUUCUCUGG